AUGGCCAAGCCAAGAGGCGGUAAAGAAGCACCGACGCCGUCACACAACAUGAUCGUUGUUGACGAAACCCGAGUCCACCGGCAGCACCACCUACUGUCUAAGGCUGCUUCCACCUUCCUAUGGCUGACGGAGAGGCAAAUGUCCCGGGCGGUCGUGAUCCCCGCCAGCAAUAUUCAACUUCGCACGGUGUACAUCACGACACUGGGUACCAACGGGGCAGACUGCACCAGAAAACCUGAACGCUUGCUUCCAGAACGUGCUCGACGGGCGACCCCCCCUAUGGCCGGUUUAGUGUAUGCUGUGCAAGUGGAAGCUCUGUGCCGCAUGAAAGAGUUGCCCGCUCUUCUGGAGAAGGAGAAGGGAUGCCCCACUGAGGAGAGGCCAGAAACAUCCCGAUCAGGCUUAGGUAGGCAGUCCGGCACGGCAAAUUCGUUGGUGACAGAGCGAGAAAAGGCCCACAAUCAGGUGGGAGUCAACGAUCCUCGCAACCUGGCUGCAGCGUUGUAA